AUGUCGGUGACAAUUGUUACAGGAGCAUCAAGAGGACUGGGUCUUGCAAUUUGUCAAUUGAUUUUGAAAAAAGACUCCGAAGCAAAAGUCGUUGCUGUGGCUCGUUCUGGUGAUCAGUUAUCGGAUUUAGCAGCUAAGUUUGCACCUAGAGUGCUAAGCAUUGCCGGUGAUGUCACCGACUCAUCGGUUGUCAAACAAACGGUUGAAAAAACUAUUGCCAAGUUUGGACGCAUCGACUCUGUGGUGUUGAACGCCGGGCUGCUGGACCCCGUUGGGCACAUUGCCGAAUUAAAUGUUGAUCACGUGAGACGGUUAUACGAAGUGAACUUAUUCUCGGUUAUCGAUCUUGUGGCACAAACUUUACCGUAUGUUCGCGAAACGGGCGGAAAUUUCCUGUUCGUUUCCUCGGGCGCCUCGAUCAAGCCGGUGGACGGCUGGUCUGCAUACGGUUCGUCCAAGGCGGCUUUGAACCUUUUUUGCGCAAGCGUCAGUGAGGAGGAGCCUAAAGUGCGGACAAUUUCCUUGGCUCCCGGUACGGUGGAUACGGCCAUGCAGCAAGAUAUUCGUGAGAAAUUCAAAUCCGGCAUGAAACCAGAGGCACACAAACGGUUUACUGAUUUGCAUAAGCGGCAAGAACUGCUACCACCGGACGUUCCAGGGACAUUGUAUGCAAACCUUGCAUUACAAGGUAUUCCCCAGGAGCUUAGCGGAAAGUACUUUCGGUACAAUGAUGAUAAACUUACUAAGUAUGCGGCUUAG